AUGCCGAGCACACGAAGAAGAAGUAAAACUCCUUGUCCUGACGAAGCUCAACAACCCGAACCCGUCGCUGAUGACGCUACUGCUGAGAGACUCCAGGGAGGCAAGGCUCGACGAGGAGGUCGUCGUCGCAGAAAGUCGAGCUCCCGUGGCCACAGCAGACGACGACGUUCCCGGAUCGCGACGCUCGAGAAGAUCCCGCAGCCGAUCGAGGUCUCGCCGCUCGAGAUCAAAGACGUAGAAGAAGAUCGAGGAGAUCGCGCUCACGAUCUGGAAGAAGCCGUAGCCGAUCCCGCAGAAGGUCCUCGAGAAAAAGCCGACGAUCACGAAAGCAUGCUUCCAGUCGCAGGUCGCGCAGGCACAGAGCUGGAGGAGCUGCUCGAAAUCCACGCCGUCGUGAUUCAAAGGGAAGAUUCGUGA